AUGAUAAUCAAGGUCGAUGUGUUUGACGCGCUUAUGGGAUACGAGAUUGGAGCUCAAAAAAAUAGCACUUUGUUGUCACAAAGAAGUAAAGUAUGGGAUCAAGCUAGUUUGCUAGUUUGCAAAGCUCUCAUUCCACUUCUACAAUUGUCUAAUUCACCAAGAAUAGUAAAUGUCUCCUUCCUCUUGGGACAACUACAGUUUAUUUCAAAUGAGAAUACAAGAAAGGAGCUAGGAGAUGUAGAUGAACUCACAGAAGAGAAAGUGGACAAGGUGGUGGAAGGGUUUUUAGAAGAUGUUAAGGAGAAUUUGGUAGAAAUCAAAGGGUGGCCUAAAAUUUUUUAUGCGUAUAUGAUCUCCAAGGCAGCUCUCAAUGCUUAUACAAGAGUUCUGGCUAAGAACUAUCGCGACAUUGCCAUUAACUCGGUUAGUCCCGGCCACACCAAAACAGACUUGAAUGGCAACACCGGGGUGUUGAGUGUCGAAGAAGGUGCUAAAGGUCCUGUAAUGCUGGCUUUGAUGCCAGAAGGUGGACCUUCCGGCCUCUACUUUGAGCAGACAGAAGUGUCUACCUUUUAA